UGUAGCAGCUACAACUGUUGCCCGGACAGUCCCAUUCAACAUCCCCCGUCCCACACAGUCUGACACAGAGGAGUGAGACGGCAAACUGAGCUACAGCGGAGAGAGAGAGACGCAGAGUGAGAGGAGAGGUGGAAACUUUACGCACAGCAUUUUUCAGUCUGGAUAUUCUGGCGCGUCUUUAAAGUCCACCUUGGAUGCUGCACUGGUUGUCCAUUGGAUUUUUGAUAUUGUAUUAAUUUUAGCACUGAGAUGGCAGCUGUGACUGUGUUUUCGUCGCACCUGUUCCUGUUAGUCCUGAACUGUUACCUGGCUGCUGCAUCGGGUAGGAUCCUGAAAACGGGCUCUCGGAGCGCACAGGACAGUGGCUUUCUCCAGUCCCCAUCGGACCAUUUUUCAGAAGACUCGGAUCAGGACAUCGUCUCCCAACACAUGUUCAAACUGUAUGAGAAAUACAACAGAGAGCACCGCCUAAGAGAGGGAAACACUGUCAGGGGGUUCAAAGCCAGCCAAGACUCUACUGGCCACAGGAUAGUAUACCACCUGAACCUUACAUCCCUCCAGGACUCAGAGGUCAUCCUCUCUGCCACAUUCCACUUCCUGCUUGAUCGGCACCCUCGUCACAAAGCCUGGUUCUGUAAACGCUUCAAGAGCCCAUCCUGUCGUUCUCAACCCAUCCAGGCUUCUCCGUCCAUCAGCCUCCUCCUUCACUCUGUCUCCUCUAGGUCAGGGAUCAGCCCUGGGUCAACGGGGUCAUUCCUAGGCAAUAUGACCUUCCACCCCCACAGGAGAGGGGUGUGGCAGAUGAAAGAUGUGACCCAGGCCAUAAAGAAGGCACGGGAAAAGGGUAAUCUCCUUGUGUCAGUGGAGUUGAACUUGGGGCAGCAGUACCAGAGGACACCAGAGGAAGAACUACCUGCUGGCAGUCUGCCUUACCUAUUACUGUAUGCUAAUGACCAGGCCUUGGCAGAACCCAACAGUGUGGCUGCAAGCCUUCAGAGAUAUGACCCUUUCCCUGAGGGAGGAGAGACCUCACAUUCCUCACACUCCUCUCACCGCCUGCACAACCCCAAUUACUCACCAGAGUUGAAAGGACGAGUGAGAAGGGAAGCCACUCUGCUCUCUGACCCCAUUCAGAACAAUGAGUUGCCUGAGGUUGACUACAGGCCUAAUGGAUACAGGAAAGAUGACCUGUGGGAGAGUACUUGGUACCUGACGCUCAAACCCAAGUCUAAAUCAGGAGGGAUGGAGAAGAAGAAAAAGAGCCAGGAGGAUGAUAGUGUGGCACAAAGUAGAGGAGUGCAUGACAGAGAUGAAGCUCAAGUACCCAAAGAUGGAGAAAGAACAUCACAAGUCCUCCAGCCUGAAGGGACAUCUGUGAAAAAGCCCAGUGACAAAGACAGUCGGACGCUGGCUGCUGGCGAUGGACAGGGGGGUGAGCGGAGAAAUGAAGGGAGGGAUGGAAAAAAGCAUAAGGGGAGAGAUGGAGGAAUGAAGCCUCUUUCACCUUUUCUGAGUUUCGAUGAGCGAACAAUGCGAAAGGCCAGGAGAAGGCAAUGGGGGGACACCCAAAACAGAGGCUGCUCCAGGAGGAACCUCAGAGUGGAUUUUGCAGACAUUGGCUGGAGUGAGUGGGUCAUAGCACCCAAGGCAUUUGAUGCCUUUUACUGUGCCGGCACCUGUGGAUUUCCCAUGCCCAAGGUGAUGAGGCCCUCUAACCAUGCCACCAUCCAGAGCAUAGUUCGUGCUGUUGGGAUAAUCCCUGGGGUGCCAGAGCCCUGCUGUGUCCCAGAGAAGAUGAGUCCUCUGGCUGUGCUCUACCAGGACGAAGUCAGGAACCUGGUGCUCAAGGUUUACCCCAACAUGUCUGUCCAGUCCUGCUCCUGCCGAUAGGAACGAGGACAAAGGGGAUAGAGGACAAAACAGGGUGGACAGGGUGCAAGAAAAGUGGGACUAAGAGAGACAGAGGGCUUUCAACAAACCGUUCCUCUGUUAAGUGGUUUCUUGAUACUGAGAAACAGAGUUACUUAGGCUGUUAUAAUUCCUUUUGGGACACGGGCCGUAGAGAAAUUACUUCCAUCUCCUCUGUCCUGCGGCAGCAGAGUUGAAGAGACACAUUGUCUAGCAUCUGCCUUAGCGAGAAAAGCAGAGUCACACAUAUGAAAUAAGGGCUCCACAUGUCUCAGUAGCCCAUUGUUUUGCUUCUACAUUUGAGAUAAUGCUGGGGAUUUCAUGGACAGAAAUCUUUGAAUGCUGUCUCCCUUUUAUCUCAGAAUGCACUUGUUUUUUCAAACGUGUUUUCAUUUUAUGUUUUUAUUGGACACACAAUGUAUGAAUAAAAGACUUUAUCGGUGUGUCAUUUAGGCAGCUUAUACCAUACAAAUGAUGAUGAAAAAAUGAAAAUAUUAAAUGCAUUUCUACAUUUUUACAGAUUGUGUACAUAUAUGCUUACAGUUAUGCUAUGCAUACUACUCCACAUUGUACAUACAUGCAGUGUUAAAUUGCUUGAGACAUAAAAGAGGUAUUGUACAUUAUUGCUCUUUAUCUAAAAAUGGAACUAUACGAUGAAUUGUAAAGAGAGCAUCUGGAGUUCAUUAACCACCCGCUACCCCCUCAUAACACUUCAAGAAUGCUAUAAUGAAACCAGAAAUAUUUUUCUAUAUUGUAUGUGAAACUUGGUUUAAAUGAUUUUGUCUUGGUUAUUAGGCUAUGUAUUAUUAUAUUUUAGGAGCUGAUAUUUUGUACAUGUGUCUUGUUUAAAUUAUGAAAAGGUAGCCACCUAUAAAAGUUAGAAUAAAGAGUAAUUUAAUCCAA